AUGUCGUAAAAUCACAUAUUGACUAGUGCGCAUGUACAGAAAUGACACUCCGCAUCACAACUUUUCCAAGAUGGAGGCUCUGAAGAAGCUGAAGGUUGCUGACCUGAAGAACGAGCUGCGUGCUCGUGGGCUGACGGUGACGGGAAACAAACAGGAGCUUCUGGACCGACUGCAGCAGCACAUGGAGACAGCAGGAGGAGUGCAUGCUGUCCCACGUGCUACCCUCCCACCAGGACUGUCACUGGAAGAACCAAAUGCCCCACAUUUACCAGAGGCUGAGCUGUUUUCCAAGGACACCUCAUUUGCAUCAGGAGAAGGAGAUGAGGCUGAUGACAGCAUCCUGGCUGGGGAAGAAGAGGAGGAGGAGGAGGAAGAAGAGGAGCAGACCACAACUCAGGAUAAUCAGGAGAACACAGAAACUACAAACACAGCAAAACCCACAGUCGUCACCAGUGUCAGCUCUGCUGAUACAAAAGUUCCUGUCAAACCACCCAUGUCAGAAGCCGAGAGGUUAGAGUUGAGGGCAAAGAAGUUUGGAGGCCAUGCAUCCGAGGUGGCCAAGAAAGCCGCUCGAGCAGCCAGGUUUGGAACUGCUGUUACAGGACCAACAAAAACAGAGACUGCAGCACCAGUGAAAGGAGCCACAACUCUCUCUCCUCUGGAAGACAACUCUGCUAUCAGCUCAGAAGAAAUGGGCCCUGAAAUGGAGAAGUUGAAAAAGCGUGCAGAGAGAUUUGGGAUGAACGUGUCAACUGCAACACAGCAGGCUGAGGAGAAGGAGAAACUGUUGAAGAGGAAACAGAGGUUUGGAGCGGUGACGGCGGGAGCAGCAGGCACUCAGGUCUCCUCGGAUGAGGUGGAAGCAAAGAAGAAGAAGAGAGCCGAGAGGUUCGGACUGACAGUUUAACAACGU